UUAAUUUUUCUUCCUUGUUUGACUUAAUUUAUCUUUAUUUUUUAAAGAAAGUACCAAAAUCAAUAAUUUAUUAACUUUCAAGGGCAGUCCAAACCUCACUCCUUCUUAAUCGCAUUACGUGUCUCGCUCUAAGCUCCCAAUUAGCUGACAAAUUUCCCAACCUGAGCAUCUUCUCCUCCUCAUAUACUCAGAUACCCUCUCUCUCUCGUUUAUUGGGUUUAGAUUCCGUUGUUUCCAACCUCUCUCUUCCUCUUGUUUACAGAGCCUGAUGCCCCACUAACCCAGUAAGCUGUAGCUAUAAAGGGCUAAUUUUUGGUCUCUUCAAGCUUCACUUAUGGCUUCUUGGGUUCUUUUACCGGCUUCAUCCUUCACUGGAAAUCGUUUGGAAGUUGCUGGGUUCGCUUCCUCUUCUCGUUCUUUUGUCAAUUCGCUGAGGUCUCCUGGGUCCUUCUGUGUUCGCUCUUCAUUGGACACUAAUGUUUCUGACAUGAGUGUAAAUGCUCCAAAGGGGUUGUUUCCACCUGAACCCGAGCACUAUCGAGGCCCCAAGCUGAAAGUGGCUAUCAUUGGUGCUGGAUUGGCAGGGAUGUCAACAGCAGUUGAGCUUUUGGAUCAGGGCCACGAGGUGGAUAUAUACGAUUCAAGGUCAUUUAUAGGUGGAAAAGUAGGAUCUUUUGUUGAUAAACAUGGGAACCACAUUGAAAUGGGACUUCACGUUUUCUUCGGGUGCUAUAACAAUCUUUUCCGGUUAAUGAAAAAGGUUGGUGCAGAGAAAAAUCUACUUGUAAAGGAUCAUACUCACACGUUUGUGAACAAAGGGGGUGAAAUAGGUGAACUUGAUUUUCGGUUUCCGGUUGGGGCACCAUUACAUGGUAUUAAUGCAUUUUUGACUACAAAUCAGCUAAAGACAUAUGACAAAGCUAGAAAUGCUGUGGCUCUUGCCUUAAGUCCAGUUGUUAGGGCGCUUGUUGAUCCAGAUGGAGCCAUGAGGAACAUUCGAGAUUUGGAUAAUAUUAGCUUCUCUGAUUGGUUCUUGUCCAAAGGUGGUACGCGUACCAGUAUACAAAGAAUGUGGGAUCCUGUGGCAUAUGCACUUGGAUUUAUUGAUUGUGAUAACAUCAGUGCCCGUUGUAUGCUCACUAUAUUCUCAUUAUUUGCAACUAAGACAGAGGCUUCCUUGUUGCGCAUGCUCAAGGGCUCUCCAGAUGUUUACCUGAGUGGUCCAAUAAAAAAGUAUAUUACUGACAGAGGGGGCAGGUUUCAUCUUAGGUGGGGAUGUAGAGAGAUACUAUAUGAUAAAUCUGCUAAUGGAGAAAUCUACGUUAAAGGAUUAGCCCUAUCCAAGGCCACUAACAAGAAAAUAAUCAAAGCCGAUGCUUAUGUUGCAGCAUGUGAUGUCCCAGGAAUCAAGAGAUUACUUCCACAACAAUGGAGGGAAUCAGAAUUUUUCAAUAACAUUUAUGAGCUAGUAGGAGUUCCGGUUGUCACGGUGCAGCUUAGAUACAAUGGCUGGGUCACAGAGUUGCAAGAUCUAGAACGGUCAAGGCAACUAAAGAAAGCUGCGGGAUUGGAUAACCUUCUUUAUACUCCAGACGCAGAUUUCUCGUGUUUUGCAGACUUAGCACUUGCUUCUCCAGCUGACUACUACAUUGAGGGACAAGGUUCACUUCUCCAAUGUGUUCUGACGCCCGGCGAUCCUUACAUGCCCUUAACUAAUGAACAAAUCAUAGAAAGAGUGGCAAAACAGGUUUUAACUUUGUUCCCAUCAUCCCAAGGGUUAGAAAUUAUUUGGUCAUCAGUUGUCAAAAUUGGGCAAUCUCUUUACCGAGAGGGCCCUGGUAAAGAUCCAUUCAGACCUGAUCAGAAGACCCCUAUACAAAAUUUCUUCCUAGCAGGCUCGUAUACAAAACAGGAUUACAUAGACAGUAUGGAAGGAGCAACAUUGUCUGGCAGACAAGCUUCCGCGUACAUAUGUAACGCUGGUGAAGAAUUGGUCGCACUGCGGAAGAAGCUCUCCAUUGAUUUUGACGAUCUCCUUGAAGAAGCUUCCAACACUACUGACGAACUUAGUCUUGUUUAAAUCAUCAUAUGAGUGAUUAUUCAUUAACUUUGAGCAUUACGUCAAACCCACCCACCUCAUAUUGUCAAAGAUUAGGUGUGGUUAUAUGGCAACAGAGUUACAAUACAUUCGUUCAUCUUGUAUGUAUUAUUUUGUAACAUAGCAAAAAAAUGUAAGUUUUAGAGUCUCAUUCGAGUCA